UGAAGUUCUCGUUGAACUGGCCUUGUUUGGUCUUUGGUGCACGUUUUGUUCCGAGGAAGAAGAGGAAUGCCGCCGAGUAAAAGCCUCUUUGCGCCUUUCAUCUCUGUGGAUCCGGAGGGAGGAGUCGGACCUGCAGCCCCGGUGGCUCUCCACGCCGACAUCCACGCUCUGCUGCAGCGGAGCAGGGGAGCAGAGCGCACGAGACGCGGAUGCGACCACAGAGACCCUCCAUGCGCCAUCGUGGAGCUCCGGCUGGGCCCCGCCGGAGGCGCACUGCACUACCUCCAGCCGGACAAGUACGCUCUGGAGCGGGCGCAGAGACGGCGACGCCUUGCUGCCAACGCCCGGGAGAGGAGGAGGAUGCUGGGCCUCAAUGUCGCCUUCGACCGGCUCCGGAGCGUCAUCCCCAACCUGGAGAGCGACAAGAAGCUCUCCAAAUCUGAGACGCUCCAAAUGGCGCAGAUUUACAUCGCCACUCUCAGCGAGCUGCUCCAGGAGGGCGCAUGCGGAGCGUCAGCAACGACCCGCGCACCGCGGCCCCCGGGGCCCGCUACGCCCUCACAGGGACUGGCAAGUGAGCCGUCGGGGCCGGUCAGGGACUUUCAAACCGGUAAAAGCAGCGGAGGCCCGUUGCGCACAGAGGAGGAGCAGAGGAGUUAUGAUGAGGACAUGUGGGAGAGAAAGAGUGGGAGCAAGUGACAUUUAAAAACUUUAAUCAGUUUUUCUUUUUUAAAUUAGACUUUUUUUCUAUUUUCCUACAAAACUAAUUAUUUGCCCUGAAGCAAGAAAAGACAUUAAGCUCCAAUACGUCUGUCUUCAAUGCAACUUUUCAUGAUCUUCAAUUUACUUCCAAAAGAAUGGCGUUUUUGAGAUGAUUGACAGGUCCUGGUCUCUGUCUAUUCCUUGAGUUAAAAUAUAUUUUUCUUGCCAACAGUACAAAGAAUGAAUUUGUGAUAUUUAUUAUGCAACAUAUCUUUUCCCCCUUAUGACCAAGCAGGUUGUAGCAAAGUUUAUGGUCUUUGAAAAGAAGCAGCAAAAUUGUUUUCCAAGAAUUGGGGGGGUUCAGAUAAAAGAGAAACUGAAAUUCACUUUAGUAAGUUUAUCUGGCCAAAUGAUUCUUUGAAAAAUCAUCACCAGAGAAAAGAAAGACAGAGCAGGAAGUACUGAAA